AUGGCUCUCCCUCUGCGCCUUCGACAACCCGAGAAAUCGCUCGGCAUUUACGCGAGGGACGUAGAUCUCACCGCAGGCGCCAUGUAUCAAUCGCAGGUUUCGUUCAUCAUGGACACCAUCUGUCCAUGGACAUAUAUAGCCAAGACCAAGUACGUCCUCCCCACCUGCCCCCUUCCCUCCGCUACCUUUACGAACGCACCAGCUAACAUGCCCAUCCCCGCCCGCAGACUCGAUCAGGCCCUGGCGCAGGUCCGCGCAGACCCGGCCUCGGCCGCGGCGGUGACCUUUUCGCUCCGCUUCCGGCCCUUCCAGCUGGACCCGUCGUUCCCGGACACGGUGCCGGACCGGGCCGCGUGGUCGCUGCGCGAGAAGCACAUGGGCAACGAGGACGCUCAGCGCGCGUACCAGGCGCACAUGCGCGCGCUCGCCGAGCCGCUCGGCCUGCCGCCGCUGCGCUUCGACGGCCCCACGGGCAACACGCUGCAGGCGCACCGCCUGAUUCAGCUCGUGCAGGGCGGCUCCGACGACUCUGACGACGACGACGCCGAUGCGGCGGGAGCGGUGGCCGAGUACGGCGGGCCGGACGCCGCGGCGAGGCUCGUCGAAGGGCUGUACAGGCGGUACUUUGCCGAGGGGGCGCACCCGGCGAGCGAGGAGACGCUUCUGGCUGUGCUGGUGAAGGACGUGGGUCUAUCAGAGGAUUUGGCGCGGCGGCUGGUGGCCGGGGAGCAGCGGGAGGAGGGCCUCGCGGAGGUGAAGAUGCGGGCGAGGGAGGUGGCGCGCGAUGUGGACGCGGUGCCGACGGUGGUGAUUGAGGGGCGGCGCAGGGACUUGACCCUCACGGGGGCCAAGGAGGUGGCCGACUACGUCAAGGCGCUGCAGACAAUUAUCAAGGAGAGCAAGUGA